AUGGGUUUUACUCGAGGUAUGAAGCGUCCGAUUGAAAUGCUCUGUAAGAGGCUGAAUAGUCCAGUUAAUUGCAGCCAUACUUAUUCUACUAGUCUAGUAUACAGGGAAAUGUCCUUGACCGGGUUCUCUGAAAAUAAACCUAUGAAUUCUUUCAAUUAUUCCAAUCCAAUCCAUGGUUUUGGAAUCUUCUUUACUCAGAAUUACUCCUCUCAAGCAUCUGCACCAGAACAAAUGAAUAUAAUAAAGCAGCUUAGGGAGAGAACAAGUGCUCCUAUUAAAGAUGUCAAGUCUGCACUUAUUGCUUGCGACUGGGAUAUUGAGGCUGCACAGAAGGAACUAAGAAAAAAAGGGGUUGUUCUUGCUUCAAAAAAGUCUUCUCGAAUCGCUGCAGAGGGUUUGCUUGCUUUGGCACAGAACAAAGAGAAGGCUGUUGUUGUUGAACUCAAUUGUGAAACUGACUUUGUUGCAAGGAAUGAAAUUUUUCAGUACAUGGCCUUAUCUUUGGCAAAGUCGGCUCUGUUGCUUGAAGGUUCUAAACAGUCUUCUCUUACUAUGCCUGUUGGACCCGAGUGUCUGGAGGAUUUGAAGAUGAAUCUUGACCAUCCUAAGUUAAAUGGAGAGAAAACAGUUCAAAAUGCAAUUACAGAACUAGCUGCAAUGAUGGGAGAGAAUGUCAAACUUGGAGGGGGUUUCGCAAUGUUUGUGCCAUCAUAUGGUGUCUUGUCUACUUAUCUUCACCAGAGCCCCCAACCAGGUGUAGGACGUAUUGCAGGACUUUUAUCACUCGAGAUAGAGGAUCAUAAUGCUCCAGUGGAUGCUGUCCAGCGUGUUGGAUCCGAAAUAGCAAUGCACGUGGUGGCUGCAAAGCCACUGUUCUUGGCGAAGGAAGAUGUUUCUCCUGAUGCAUUAGGCCAUGAGCGUGAGAUUCUCAAGUCUCAGGCAGAAAGUACAGGAAAGUCUCAGAUGGCCAUAGAUAAAAUGGUUGAAGGCCGUUUAAGAAAGUAUUUCGAGGAAGUAGUUCUAAUGGAACAAAAGUUUGUCGUGGACGACACUUUAAAUAUAAAGACGCUAUUGAAUAAUGUAUCCAAAGAAGUGGGGUCGCCGGUGAAGAUUGGAAACUAUCUAAGAAUGGAAGUUGGGGAAGGACUUAGAAGGCUUGAAGCUUCCAGUAAAACUGAACCUCUGGCUGAGGCUGCUUAG